CCGGAUAACUCGCCUCCCGGCCCUUCAUUGGCCGGUCGCUGUUUUAUGACGUCACGGGGAGCGCCGACAGCCCGAGGACCCGGCAGCUCCACGUGGAGAGUGUUCUGGUGGGCGCCGCAGGGCCCUGCGCGAGGGGAUGGAGACGACUCGAAGGAGAAGCCGGCGCCUGGAGGGGCUGGAGGCCGAGAGCCCCGCGACCCCGGACCCGUCCCGGGGGGCCCGCAAGGCCCGGCGCGCCCUCCUGGGAUCCAAGGCCGAAGCUGCGUUAGAGCCGGUGCCGGAAGCGGCGGCGGGAGUGGGCGAAGCGGGUCCGGAGUCCCCCCAGAACCCCAGAGGCCCUGGCCUGGGAUCCCCCAAGAACAAACAUGAGGACUUGGGGUCUCCCCAGCGUCAGGGUCCAGAGUCCCCCCAGAAUCAGCCAGUGCCCUGCCCUGGGUUCCCCAAGAGCCCUCAGAGACAGGACUUGGGGUCCACCCCUCGGAAUCAUUCAGAGCCUAGUCGGGGGUCCCCCAAGAGACAUCAGAAUCAGCAGGCCAAGGGCGCUGGAGGUGAAAGGGAGCCAGGCCUGAGACCCUCGCAAAGCCCCAAGAAGCCCUGGGUGGGGUCUCCUAAGAGUCAUGGGGCUCAGGGCUCGGGGCCCCCGGGAUACUCCAGAUCCCCCCCAGACGCCAGCUCGCUGUCCCCCCAAAGUCUGAGAGACAAGGAAUCGGGGUCCCAUCGAGGACAGCCAGAGCCUGGCAGAGAGUGCCCCUUGGGUCAUCCUGAGCCAGUGGCCCCCAAGUCGGGAGUGCUUCCCCAGGACGGAGCUGCAGAGACGCAGCCCGGGACCCAGGCACCCCAAACCAAGAAGCGGGGUGGCACCCCUGCCCCCACCCCAGCCCCCAAGAAGCCCAAGCAGAAGGAGGCCCCCGCAGUUCCCAAAGGGAAGCCUAAGUCUGGCCGAGUGUGGAAGGAUCGCAACAAGAAAAGGUUUUCCCAGAUGGUCCAGGACAAGCCGCUUCGAACGUCCUGGGAGCGCAAGAUGAAGGAGCGGCAGGAGAGGAAGCUGGCCAAGGACUUUGCCCGCCACCUGGAGGAGGAGAAGCAGAGGCGCAAAGAGGAGAAGAAGAGGCGGCGGGCGGAGAACCUGAAGAGGCGCUUGGAGAAUGAGCGGAAGGCAGAGAUCGUCCAAGUGAUCCGGAACCCCAGCAAGCUCAAGCGGGCCAAGAAAAAGCAGCUUCGGCGCAUCGAGAAGAGGGACACCUUGGCGCUUCUGCAGAAGCAGCCCCCGCGGCGCCCGGUGCCCAAGGAAUGAGUGGGUGCCGGGGGCCUGGCUGUCCCUCGGCUUCUAGCCCCAGCCCUGUGGCUAUUGGCACCUCCAGGGACCUGUGAUGGCUGCGGGGACUCGAUCCACCCGGACAUUCGUUCCCAAGGACAGCAGUGGAGGAAGCCCAGGCUGAGACCUUGGGUACUUUGGGGACCUUGGGGGGCCUUGCCCCUUGGAGCCCUGAGAUCUGGACAGAAGGGCCGGUGGCUGGACCAGGGGAGGGGAGCAGACUUUGUCUCUUUGUGAGCGGUAAAUAUUGUCUCCUCCCGGCUAGCCUUUCGCAACACGGACACGAGACAAGGGAUAUGUGCCAUUUUAUUGUCUGUCACAGGCGUGGGGGGGGGGGCAGAGGGCAUCUGGCUGCCAACCAGGAGUCUCUGUUCCCUACACUCCAUGCCCCCUGGCAUUGGAAGAGGAGCUGCAGGGACACCCCCCUGCCCUCAAGACUCACGAGCCCAUGGGCCAGCCCAGGGAGAAACAACAAAUAUGGGUUCCUUCUUCCCCCCAGCUUGAGACGUUGCAGAGGAUGUGGAUGGGAGGGAAGGGCCCCUUGGUGGUCCUUUGGGAAGAUCUGGGGGGGGAGGGGGAGAAGCUAUCCCUGAGAGCCACUGAGGUCGUGAGUCCAUGUUUUGGGUUGCCCUGUAACCUGAGGAUGUGCCCAUUCCUGGAGAAAUUGAUCCAAUAAAUUCAUUACCUUUCAAAUGUCAA